GGGGAAAAUUUUACAAUUUCCCAUUUUCCGUUCCUUUUAAAGCUCAAUAAAUCUACUCCGGCAAACCCCCAAACGUAACUUCUCAGGCCAGAAAGUCUCCGGCAUGGCGAACAACUUACCGGGGGUAUAUGCUUCCGACGAUUUUCUCGAUCAAAUUCUGGCGAUUCCCUCUUAUGCUAGCCUUCUGGUAACUGAUAUUAGCACCGGUGCCUUAUCGGAGACAACGUCGUUGAAUUCAGCAUCUGGUAUCUCUCAGCUCCAGCAGCAGACGCUGUUCCCGUUGGGGUUAAGCUUGGACAAUGUCUCUGCUGAUGCCAGCAACGCCAGUGGCUUUGCAGUGAAGCCUGAAAGAGAAGCAAUGAACAUGGGAAAUUUAUAUCCAGGUUUAGAACAUUUGCAAUCUCAUGCUGUUUGCCACAGUGUUCCUCAAGUUCACCAAGUCCAGCCUUUUCAAGGCCACCCAACAUCAAGCACAACACUAACUAUACCACAUCAACCUGCAGUUCGUCCUAGGGUUCGGGCACGAAGAGGACAGGCCACUGAUCCACAUAGUAUUGCUGAGAGGUUAAGACGAGAAAGGAUAUCAGAACGAAUAAAGGCUUUGCAGGAACUUGUCCCCAGCUGCAAUAAGACCGACAGGGCAGCAAUGCUUGAUGAUAUUCUGGACUAUGUGAAGUUCUUAAGGCUUCAAGUUAAGGUACUGAGCAUGAGUAGGCUGAGAGGAACUAGCGCGGUGGCACAACUUGUUGCUGAUAUUCCAUUGCAGACUGUUGAGGGAGACAGCUGUGAAAGUCGAUCCAACCAGCACGUCUGGGAGAAGUGGUCCAAUGCUGAAACAGAACAAGAGGUAGCAAAGCUCAUGGAGGAAGAUGUUGGAACAGCCAUGCAGUACCUUCAAUCCAAAUCACUCUGCAUCAUGCCUGUUUCACUUGCUGCACUUAUCUAUCCUACUGAACAAACUGAUGACCAAUCAAUGGUCAAGCCGGAACCAAUGGCCCCAUCGUAGACUUCUAGCUUAUUGCAGGUGCAAUCAAGAACUCCUUAUUUCUUUUUGGCCCAUCCUCCUUUAUAUCCUUACCUAUAAUCUCUUGUAUUACCCUCUGAAUCCAUGGCAACGCAAUCAAAGUCAGAUGACACAAUUUUUGCUUUUAGCUCAACCAUUGGGGCCUUUUUUCAACUUUCUUGAGUUUUGUCACCCCCUGAACCAAGGCAACACUUAAGAAAGAAACCAAACCAUCUGUAUCAUUUUAGGGAGGAGUGCCUUUUUCCUUCAAAUUCUCUGUUAUUAGCUGCUAGUUCCCCCUUUUUUCUUGUGGGUUGUUUGGGACUCCUUGUAUCUUUUUUAUAGUGGAUAGCUAGGUAUUAUAAAAGUGAUCAACUGGUGCUUUGUAAAGUGUAGUGUAAAUUAAAUAUGGAGAACUCGACUUACUUUUCAUAUCAAGAAUUGAAAAGCAAAAAUACGAUGUGUGUUUGUACCAUUGGUUUCAUAGCUACAAAAAAAAAUACAGUUUGUAUGUUUGAAGGGGAGAUUAUCCCAGUCUCAAAAAAAUAUACAGGAUUUAUAAACCACCAUGGUUUAUUCCCUGCUAUAUAUAUGAUGUUACAACAAGAACAAAAACAAAAAAGUAACU